AUGAAUCAGCUUUUGGGGCUUGUUAGGGAAGCUGGGAUUAGACCCUUGAAUUAUGUGGUUAAUGAUCCUGCUAAGUAUUUUGCUAUUUUGGAAGCUGUGGGGAGUGUUGAUAUGUCGCUUGGAAUCAAAAUGGAUGUUCAAUUUAGUCUUUGGGGUGGUUCUGUUAUCAAUCUUGGAACGCAGAAACACAAGGAUAAGUACUAUGAUGGUAUUGAUAGCUUGGAAUAUGCUGGUUGUUUUGCUAUGACUGAGCUUCACCAUGAUAAAACAGUUUAUAGGGUUGAUUGUUUGAGUGUUUACCUGAUGUUAGAGUGUAGAAUGAGGAAUGAUCAUGAUUAUGCUGUUGUUAAUCGAUUUGGUUCAUUGAGGAAUGAUCAUGACAUUUUUCAGACAUUUGAAGGAGACAACACCGUUCUUCUUCAACAGGUUGCAGGCGAUCUUUUGAAACAAUACCAGAAAAUUUUUAAAGGAGGGACUUUAGCAGUGACAUGGAAUUACUUGAGAGAUUCCAUGAGCUCUUAUCUAUCACAGCCAAAUCCAGUUACUGCUAGGUGGGAAAGUCAAGACCAUCUACGAAAUCCAAAAUUUCAAUUGGAUGCUUUCAGAUACCGAAAAUCUAGAUUACUUCAUAGCAUUGCUGUACGACUUCAAAAGCAUUCAAAAUCUCUUGGAGACUUUGGUGCGUGCAAUAAAUGUUUAAAUCAUCUAUUAACACUUGCAGAAUCAUAUAUUGAGUCAGCAAUUCUUGCUAAAUUCAUUGAAGCUAUGCAGAGCUGUCCUGACCCAAGUGCUCAAGCUGCUCUGAAGCUUGCAUGUGACCUUUAUGCGUUGGAUCGAAUAUGGAAUGACAUUGGAACCUACCGCAAUGUUGACUAUGUUGCUCCCAAGUCCCAACAAAGCCAAUGUUGA